UAGGCAUUGCAACACGGUGUCUAAACCCUUCAACAACUUUUCGUUACAAGCAGCACUGACAUGCUAUACAAUAAGACAAUGAAAAUGUGUUUUGGGGAAGAGAGCAACGAAGUCAAAAGCAAACAACCUUCAGUUCUGAAUAAAAAAAUACGUGGGAUGCUAAAGGAAAUCUGGCUGGAUUAAUUAAUAACGGAAACAACUUGCAAUGUCAUUGGAAUUGGAAACAGUUUUUACUCCUUAUCUAACGACAAAGUCACUGGCAACACUGCAUCGACCAGAUGUUAUUCUGUUGGUGGAAGUCUGGCAACACUGGGAAGUCAACCAACGAUCCAACGGCUUGAAAGCUUAAUGGGACAGACAUACGUAUCAAAACUUCAGCGGACGUGGCUUUUCUAUAAUUCAACUGACAUACAAUUCUAUAAAUACGCACAGACGCCCAACCAACCGUGGCCGUGGAAGCUUGCGACAAGGCCCGGUGACGUGACGUACAUUGACCUAUAUACAGAGCCAGUGGGUUUAUUUGAGGACAAGAUUUACUUCUGCAAGUAUCCAAACCUUAAUCCGAUAGCAUGGCAGGCCUACAAUGUACCGUGCACCAAUGGCUGGUUCGAUGACUUCAUAUUGUAUGGAUCUUACAAACGUAUUCUUGGGUCGAAAACGUAUUUUAUUUUCUCCAAUCCGGAGUCUUGGUCGGUUCGCCUAACCAAUGUAAAGAAAUCUGAUUUUUUGUUUCCGAUUUACGUUGAUGCAAUGUAUGGUCCAGAGACGCAAGUUUUCCUCGGAGCAAAGUCCUUGAACAACGUAAGCGGGUGGACGUGGCCGAAACAAGGGAAUAAUUAUAACAUCUUACUUCCUGUGAAGCCAGAGUGUCAACGACUAGCAUGGUAUUACGGGUUGAACGGUUGGUCUCCGCGCGCCGUUGAUUGCAACACCACCAGUGCUUACUAUGCGUGUCAAAUUCAAGUUGAUAUAUUUGCUCAAGUAAUUGAUUGCUCUUCAGUGAACGUCUCCUGGUCUCCAACAAACACAUAUAGGAAAAUAAAUCAAAUCACGGUUGCUUUGUAUAACUCGCGUCGUUCAUAUUCGCGAACAACUAGGUUUGAUGCGCUCAAUGUCAUUUUUGUCAACGUGGCAAAAGAUGGAACAAAUUAUACAAUAAAGGCAACAGUCUCCUGGCCCAAUUGCCCUUCAGUGAUCUAUGCUGUUUCUGAGAUAAGGCUAACACCAGAAAACCAGAAAUUGCUUCAAGCUCCAUGUCCUACAGAUCCCAUUUCAGUUUCAAAAGAAAUCCUGCUGGGUCUGUUAGUUGUGGCAAUUGUAUUGUUUAUUGUCGCUUUGGUAAUUGCGAUCGUCAAAAGAACCCAAGAGUCAAAAAGUUCCCACAGCGAAGGCAACAACAACCAGAGAAUAAUGAACGAUUUUUACUUGGAUCCUAUACCACAUGUUAACGGAAAUGGUUCGGUACAACAUACAACAACGUACCGUGCGAGUGUAUAUGAAGUCAUGAAACCGAGCGAUAAAGGGAUUUUGAACGUGGAGGAAAAUUUAUACGAACGAGUUGCUGAAAACCUUGUGUGACUUAAAUAAAAGGUCUCUGUUGAUGAAUUUCCGGUUUAAACAUGACGGCUUAAAAGAUUAGGGAAUUUAUUUUGAUUAGACGUCACGUGAAGGGGUUUUGUUGAAGUUUAAUGUCCAUGCUUUUGAAUGUGUAUUUGUUUAAACUAGAAAUACCCUUGUUUGUUGUUUGUAACAUAUUCCAUGAUUUAAUAAAAACUUAAACUGUAGCCUAGUUUACUUAGCUCAUGACUUGUCUUAAAAAUAUUACAAUUAUUUCGCCGGCCGCUGCGUUCGAGAUAAGUUUCCCCGAUGGGAAUGCACCGUCUGAUCAUGUGAUUCACGUGACGUAAUUGACAACUGAAAUCGUCAGACCGUGAAUGACCUUACUACUCCUUUAUGUUGUUUUGUAGCAAUGUUUUGCGCAUUACUGUGCGUUCAUUUUACUGUUGCUGAAAAGAAAACAGUCAUGAUAAACACUGUACAGUGCUUGGAAGCAA